AUGCCGAGCCGCACAGAACUCGAGUUACCCACGCGACCUGUACACCAUUCGUACAAGUACAAAUGGGCUCGACAGGUUGUGCGGGAAAAUCUCGUUGACGACUUCGACAUUUUGAACAAGAAAUUGAAAGACAGCCCAAACCUACGUUCUGCCAACAGUCUCACGCAGCUGGUCACCGACAUCCUACCAGUUGAGAAACUCACUGGGGAUCGUCCAGAGCCCCAAGGGCAGUUCAAGGUUGGUAUAGUCGGUGCAGGUUGUGCAGGACUAUUCACAGCCAUGAUCUUGGACCACAUCAAUGAGAAUAUCACGGACCUCAACAUCACCUACGAUGUUCUCGAGGCUAAUGGAUCCGAGCGUCUUGGUGGGAGGCUCUACACUCAUCAUUUCUCUCCCGAGGAAAAGGACUACUACGAUAUUGGUGCAAUGCGCUUCCCCAAAAUCCCCAUCAUGGACAGGACUUUUCGGCUGUUUGAAAAGUUGGGUAUCGACACGAAACUCAUCCCCUACCAUUUCAAAGAUACGAACGGUGUGUGCCCAGCGUACUAUAACGAUCGUCACACGGUUGGUACCCCUCCUAAAGGAGACGCAUACGCCAUGAACGAAGGGCUUCCUCCAAAUAAUCGGAUACCUGAUCAUCUGAUGCAGCAAGGCUCGAGCAAAGUCAUGGACGAAAUACUUCAUGACUACAAGGAGCAGAUCCAAAAUCAUCUCCAGAAACCCAAGCGUGAUGGAACGAAGAAUGAAAAUGGGAACGCGAAGGCGAAAGACUGGAUACCCUUGAAAAAGGCAGAUUUCAUGAGCACCCGUCAAUACCUCCGCUCAAAGAAAGAUUUGAACUUCAACACCAUUGAGUGGUUGGAAACGUUUGACACUGGGACCGGUUGGUAUGACCAGUCUCUCACAGAAACAGUCCUCGAGUCGCUGGAUUUCGACGAGAACGCCGACUGGUUCUGUAUCAAUGGAGGAUCCCAGCAGGUUGCAACGGAAAUGGUGAAGCAAAUGCGACAAAAGCCCGAGUUUCAUCGUCAAGUGACCGCCAUCACAGCUAGCCCGAAGGGCAAAAGGAGCCUCAAGAUCAAGCACACAGACUCGUCCACAACGGAAACCCGAGACUACUUCGCCAUUUUCAACUCAACCACGCUCGGCGCGCUGCAGCGCAUGGACCUCACCGAAGCCGGUUUGCGCUAUGGCACCAAGCAAGCGAUCCGUUCCCUGGGCUACGGAGCCUCCUGCAAGGUCGCUAUCAAGUUCAAGACGCCGUGGUGGCAGCAAGCCCCGUUCAACAUCAAGAAAGGCGGAAUGGGCAAGACCGACCUCCCAAUCCGCGUCUGCGUCUACCCUUCCUACAACCUCGACACUCCAAAAGACCACUCCGCCGUCCUCCUCUGCUCCUACACAUGGGCGCAAGACGCCGAUCGGAUGGGCUCCCUCAUCUCCCGCUCCUCGCCCUCCUCCGAGGACGAGCUCCGCGAAGUCCUCAUCCACAACCUCACCCUGCUCCACGCCGAAGACAGCACCAAGUACAAACCAGUACGAGACACGAUCGAGGGCGCGUACGAGACCCACCACGCGUACAACUGGAACCAGGACCCGCACACGGCCGGCGCCUUCGCGUACUUCGGGCCCGGCCAGUUCAGCAAGAUGUGGCCCGAAAUCAUCCGGCCGAACGGCUGGCUGUACCUCAUCGGCGAGGCCGCCUCGGCGCACCACGCCUGGGUCGUCGGCUCGCUCGAGUCCUCCGUGCGCGCCGUCUUCCAGAUGCUGCAGUCGCUGCACUGGCAGGACGAGAACUACGCGCCGUACAAGGACGCCAUGCAUUUGCUGGCCACCGCGGAUGGCUCGCCGUUCAGCCCACUGCCGCUGGAAAUGCCGCUACGUCAGGAGGAUGAUACGCCGAAGGACGGCAAGCCUGCGGAUAUGCCAACGAAGGGGAGACCUCUAACCUUUACGUCGGCGCAGGUUGCUUUGGGCUUUUGCGAGUCGUUCGUUCAGGAGAGUGAAGAGGAGCGAAAAUAG